UCUCCACUUUCUUUAAAAAUGCACCGUGUAUCGGUGCUGUUCAGCCUCGUUGCGGUUGCAACACUGGUGGUGGUCAUAAAUCCGGUCACCGGUUAUCGUCCAUGGUUAAAGGCCAACAGCUCUGAUUUAAUGUUCGGUGGCUCCAAAAAGUACGAGGGCUCGUCGGAGUUUGUCAAAAUGAGAUACCACAUGGGACCGGUUCUCACCGCUAAUAUCACCGUGCACCCGAUAUGGUACGGCCGAUGGCAGAAUUCCCAGAAGAAGAUCAUCCGCGAGUUCAUCAACUCGAUCUCCGCCGUUGAUUCCAUGCACCCAUCGGUGGCCGGAUGGUGGAAGACGGUCCAGCUCUACACGGACCAAACCGGGGCCAACAUUUCCCGUACGGUGCUUUUGGGUGAAGAGAAAAACGACCGUUUUUACUCCCACGGGAAGUCACUAACGCGCCUGUCGAUACAGUCCGUGAUAAAAAGCGCGGUGACGGCCCGUACGAAGCCGUUGCCGAUAAACCCAAAGAGCGGGCUAUAUCUCCUGCUCACAUCCGACGACGUGUACGUCCAGGAUUUUUGCGGCCAAGUUUGCGGAUUCCAUUACUUCACAUUCCCCUCAAUCGUGGGGUACACGCUCCCGUACGCAUGGGUGGGCAACUCCGCCAAGCUUUGCCCGGGAAUAUGCGCUUACCCUUUCGCCGUCCCGACAUACAUGCCGGGGUUAAAGCCGCUAAAGUCACCCAACGGUGACGUGGGUGUCGACGGGAUGAUAAGCGUCAUCGGACACGAGGUUGCCGAGCUGGCAACCAAUCCACUGGUGAACGCUUGGUACGCCGGGCAAGACCCGGUGGCUCCGGUGGAAAUAGCGGAUCUCUGCGAGGGCAUUUACGGAACCGGAGGUGGUGGCUCGUACACGGGGCAAUUAUUGAACGAUAGAGGUGGCGCCACGUAUAACAUGAAUGGGAUCAGACGGAGAUACUUGGUUCAGUGGGUCUGGAACCACAUCGUGAGUUACUGUACCGGGCCUAAUGCCCUUGAUCAAUAAUUUUUAUUUUUGGUUAUUUUUUUGAAACUUGUGUUUCUUUGUCCUGUCUGUUUAUUACAGUUUUUGUUUUUGCCUGUGGGGUGUCUGGGUUUUGGUUGAUGAAUGAUUAGUUAAGGUAGUUAAGUUUGUUAAGUAUGUACUUCUGUAGUAUAAUAAGUUUGAUUUUCCUAAUACACUAUUUCUUAUACCAAUUACAUUGUA